CGUUCAAAUGUGUGUAUUAAUUAUGAGUAUGCCGGGAUAUGUCGUCUCGUCUAUGUAUUUUGAAAACAGUCUUAAGAAAACUUGGCGUACUGCUUAUUCUGAUUGUAUAGACAGAGGAAUGGAACUGGCUAUCCUUAACUCAGCAACUUCAUAUAACACGGCUAAAACUUUAAUUGAAGGAAGUUUUCGUUCUGGUGGAAACAGGAACGCUGAUGUUUGGAUUGGGUAUUAUUUUAAAGACGUGUCAACGAAGGAAUAUGCUUGGAUAAACGGUGAAAAAUCUAGCUAUGAAAACUGGAACCCGAGUGAUCCAGAUUAUAAAGAAGAUUCUUGUGUUCGCUUAAAACAACGAGGUCAAUAUAAAUUUGCUGAUUGGGAUUGUUCAGGAGAGCAUUUUUACCUGUGUACAAGUGGCUCACCACCAGUAGUCGAAGAUACAACAAACGCAAUAGACACUACCUUAGGAUCAUCUGUAUCUUUUGACUGUAGUUAUACGUCACUAUGGGACACAGUAGUACAAUGGGUUCAUAUCACACCAAACCGGAUAAGAACCAUAAAUGAAUCAUCAGAACCAGUAUUGUACAGUCAGUCAAUACAUUCCGUCGGAACAUUUACUAAGAGUACAUUGCAUAUUACGAGUUUUAAUUCAUUUGAUGUCGGUUCGUAUCAAUGUCAAGUGACCAAUCAGUUUGGUACAGGGAUGGGUAAGAACAAUACUCUGAAGAAACACAAAAAUUUUCUCUAUAGAGAUGGAGAUUACACUUGGUAUGAAGCUAAAGCUGGCUGUAAAUCAUUGAACAUGGAGCUAGCUGUUUUGUCAACAACCAUUGACCACAAAGAUGCAGUCGACUAUUUGUACAGUAACAAUUUUAACCCUGAUGGAAUAUGGAUUGGCCUGUAUAGCGAUUUAAAUUACAAUACCAGCCAAUUCGUUUGGAUAAAUGGUGUUCAAGUUAUGCCUUUAGAUUGGGAUGUCAAUGAACCCAACGAUAACCAGAUCAGCAAUCAAUCCACCUGUGUUCGCAUGAAACCUAGCUACCAAUACUCACUUGAAGACUUUAAAUGUACAGACACAUCACCGUAUUUGUGUACGGAGGGUUCUGCUCCUUCAGUUUUCACUACUCAAUCGUCUAUAUCAUUACCAAUAAGAACGGUCGUUUUGUUGGAAUGUCCAUAUUUUACCUUAUGGAACAUCACAAACAUACAAUGGCAAAGACAGACUUCUCAAGAGACCGUUAUCUUAGACCAUGCGAAGGAUUCUAACAUAUAUAGGGCUGGCACAAUAUAUAAUACCUCACUUGUAAUCACUAGUUUGGAUGUUAAUAAUGAUGGUCUCUACAGAUGUUUUGUUGAAAACAAGUUUGGGCUUGGGAGAGGAGAAGAUAUUACAGUCACAACUAAUCCAGAUAUACCAACGAUAGUUCCGACCACAGUAAUUUAUAGAGUUAAUGAAUCUGCAAAUAUAACUUUAACAUGCGAAUCAUUCGGGUAUCCAAAUAUUACAACUCAAAAGUGGACAAGGAGCCUGCAUGGAUCCACAUUAACUCUUAAGACAUCAAGCAUGUAUCUAGACAUAACCAACGCCUCUGUAAGCGAUAGUGGUAACUACACGUGUUAUGUGGAGAAUGCUGAGGGGUCAACUAAGCUUGUUUACAGUUUAUAUGUGAAAGAAGGCAUACCAAUGAUAGUUCCUACCACAACAUUUUACGACGUCAAUGUUUCUUCCACUAUAACUUUGACGUGUGACGCUUAUGGAUAUCCGAGCAUUUCCAAUCAAUAUUGGACAAGGAGUCUUGAAGGAUCUACAGAAAUUCUUAAGACCUCAAGCAUGUAUCUAAACAUAACCAAAGCCUCUGUAAGCGAUAGUGGUAAUUACACUUGUUAUGUUGAGAAUGAUGUGGGGUCAAGAAAGCUUGUAUACAGUGUUUAUGUGAACGAAGCUGAGACUUUGUGUCCAUGUGUUUGUGAUGGUAUAGACAAUCAGAACUUGAGUCAUUAUUCUUUUGAGGAAUUAAAGAUUAUACUUGCUCCAGUAACAGAUAAACUUCAACAAACAUUAUCUGUCGAUACAUCAACUUUGUCCUCUACAAUAUACAAACGUACUUGUAUGCAAGAUAACAGGCCAUCUUCCAAACGGAUUGGUUAUUGUGGAAUUGGAUUUUUAUGUUCAGUGUUCUCCGUAUUAUUUCUCAUUGAUAUUACAUCGUUCAAAUGUUUUGGGACUUUCAAAUAGAUAGAGACUAUUUGUACAAUUAAGUAAUUGAGUUUUCUAUCUGGUUUCCCUACGUAUAGCUUUCUUCGCUGUUGGACAAAAACAUUUUAUUUUAAUAUUUUAACAUAUGAAUAAUUUCCUGUGAUUAAAACGUCAGUUAGAAAAUCCAUUCAUGAAAAGUAAAAAAAUAAAAAGUACUUAGCCUGAAGUUUAUGAUCCUACGAUACUUAAGCCAUUUCAAUAUUAUUAUUAUUCAUUUUUGGCGGCAUCUUGUAUUUCGGCCUCAUUUUUGUCUUUGAAAUACAGUUUUUUCGGCUUAUGUCACUACCACCGCUCCUGCUUAUUUAUAACAAAUAAAAAGUUAGAAUCUAUUUUUGAGGCUGAGUUGAUGAAAAAAGUGUUUAAUUAGUUAUCAAAGGUACCAGGAUUAUGAUUUAGUACGCCAUUCGCGCGUUUCGUCUACAUAAGACUCACCAGUGACGCUCAUAUCAAAAUAUUUA